GGCGUGUCGCAGUUCGCGACCAGCAAGAUCGAUCUUUUUUGUUUUGCGAGGGCAGGAAAGUUCGGGCAUUUUUGCCGCAGUUUUAGAAGAGCGCGGAGAGGUAGCAAGUGGUUCGUAAGGUUCUGUAAGAGGGAUUCCAGGAUUUGUGGCAAAAAGAAACAUCGGGGAAACUUAAUUUGAUUUAUGGAUUUUAGUACAGCUGCUUGUUCUGGAGAGAAGAAUGCAAAUGAUGUGACAAAUGAAACAAAGGAAGGAACUAAACAUGAAAUGGAGUUAAAGGAUCCCCCAAACCAAGAUGAUGACACCCUGAAAUACGGUGAAGAUUAUGACAUGAAGAAAGUCAAUGGCAAGGUCAUGGAACAAAGCGCUGGUAUGAGAAAUGAGAACAAUACUGGAGAUGUAAACAUGGAAGCUGCCAUAACAACCGAUGAUGUCAUACGAGCUGGAGGUUUUGGAGCUAGAGAUGAUAUAAGCAGUUUCUUACCUGUUGCGAUUGAUUCGACUGACUUUGAGGCUUCACUUCGUGAUGCACGGGAUUUUGAAGAACCGCAGGAGGAAAUAUCAAGGCCAGGUCUUGGGUGGACCGAAUCAAUGGAUGAGAAAUCGUCUUGAUCAACUUUUUACCUGUUGAUGAUGUUUGAAACUGUUGCGCAUCUAAACAAAAUCACUGUAUCUUGAUCUUUCAGAUACUAUGAAGUGGUUUAUGAUGCUCUUUCCUGUACUGUCAUGUAUUUUAUCCCAGAUUUGUGGAAUUACUUCUCUGUUAUAUUAUGCUUGCAGAUUCUCA